CUCACAGCGCCGGUAACACCCUUCACACACACAUAAACAAGAUGGCGGUGCACCGCAGCCGCUGCACCGAUACACUCAGCGGUUCCCGUUAAAAUCCCCCCGGACUUUAUUUAACUUUACUUUUAGCACUAGACUUAAACACAUGAGGGCUCCCCGGUGGCUCUGAAGACCCACACACCAGCUGUGUAUGCCUGCCGUCUGAAGACACUUUUUACCGGAAGGUCAGACGUAAGCAGUCCAACAUGGCAGCAGCAUCCUAUGACCAGCUUCUAAGGCAGGUUGAAGUGUUGAAAAUGGAGAACUCCAACCUAAGACAGGAGCUGCAGGACAACUCCAACCAUUUGACCAAGCUGGAGACGGAGGCCUCGAACAUGAAGGAAGUGCUGAAGCAGCUGCAGGGAACCAUAGAAGAAGAGUCAGGAGAGGUGUCUGGCUCUCAGCUGGAGCUGAUAGAAAGACUAAAAGUAGGGAUAAGUCUGGACUCGGCCGGUUUCAAGCCCAAGACCAGGCCUGCUCUGCCUCCUUCCUCCUCAAGCUCGGCCUCCUCUUCCUCUGGAGCAGCUGUGGGUGCUGGAGCUUUGGGUUCUUCUGUGGCUUCUGCCUUUUCCCGGAGAGGACCGCCAUCUGUGGGCAGAGACGGCCAUGAUCGCUGUCUGGAGGAGCUGGAGAACGAAAGGUCACUUUUAUUGUCUGAACUGGAGAAAGAGGAAAAGGAGAAAGACUGGUACUACGCUCAGCUGCAGAACCUCACCAAGAGGAUCGAUAACCUGCCCCUCACCGAAAACUUCACCCUUCAGACAGACAUGAGUCGUCGCCAGCUGGAGUACGAGGCUCGCCAGAUCCGCUCAGCGAUGGAGGAGCAGCUGGGCUCCUGUCAGGAGAUGGAGAAGAGGGCUCAGACCCGCGUGUCUCGCAUUCAGCAGAUAGAGAAGGACAUUCUGAGACUUGGAGCUCAGCUGCAGACAGAGGGCGCUCCGAGUGCAGCUGAUGGCAGUGGUGUGCCGGGUGCUCAGAGUUCUGGAAGUCGAUUGGACCAGGAGCCGGCCAAUGAGACCAGCUACUCCGUACCUAGACGCAUCACCAGCCACCUGGGAACUAAGGUAGAAAUGGUGUACAGCCUUCUGUCCAUGCUGGGGACCCACGAUAAGGACGACAUGUCCCGCACGCUGCUUGCUAUGUCCAGCUCUCAGGACUCCUGCAUAGCUAUGCGUCAGUCCGGCUGUCUGCCGCUGCUCAUCCAGCUGCUGCACGGCAACGACAAGGACUCCCUGUUGCUAGGUAAUUCUCGCGGCAGUAAGGAGGCUCGGGCACGAGCAUCGGCAGCACUGCACAACAUCGUCCACAGUCAGCCAGACGACAAGAGAGGGCGGCGAGAGAUCCGCGUGCUGCACCUGCUGGAGCAGGUGCGCCACUACUGCGAGGCGUGCUGGAGCUGGCAGGAGAACCACGAGAGGGGCGUCGAUCAGGAGGACAACCCCAUGCCUUCCCCUUUAGAGCAUCAGAUCUGUCCAGCUGUCUGCGUCCUCAUGAAGCUGUCCUUUGAUGAAGAGCACCGCCAUGCCAUGAAUGAGCUGGGAGGUCUGCAGGCUGUGGCAGAGCUUCUGCAGGUGGACUGUGAGAUGUUCGGGCUGAGCACCGAUCAUUAUAGCGUGACUUUGCGGCGAUAUGCCGGCAUGGCGCUCACCAACCUCACCUUUGGAGACGUUGCCAAUAAGGCCACACUGUGCUCCAUGAAGGGGUGCAUGAGAGCAAUGGUUGCCCAGCUCAAGUCUGAGAGUGAAGACCUGCAGCAGGUGAUAGCCAGCGUCCUCAGGAACCUCUCGUGGCGUGCUGACGUGAACAGUAAGAAAACGCUGCGUGAGGUGGGCAGCGUGCGAGCUCUCAUGGGCUGUGCUCUCGAAGUUCAGAAGGAGUCCACCCUUAAGUCCGUACUGAGCGCGCUAUGGAACCUGUCGGCACACUGCACGGAGAACAAGGCUGAUAUCUGCACCGUGGACGGAGCGCUGGCGUUUCUGGUCGGAACGCUCACGCAUCGCAGCCACACCAACACACUCGCCAUCAUCGAGAGCGGCGGCGGGAUCCUCCGAAAUGUUUCCAGCCUCAUUGCUACCAACGAGGUGCACAGGCAGAUAUUGCGUGAGCAUGGCUGCCUGCCAACGCUGCUGCAGCACCUUAAGUCUCACAGCUUAACCAUCGUGUCCAACGCCUGUGGGACUCUGUGGAACCUGUCGGCCCGGGACGCCAAGGACCAGGAGACGCUGUGGGAGCUGGGCGCUGUGGGCAUGCUGCGUAACCUCAUCCACUCACGGCACAAGAUGAUUGCGAUGGGAAGCGCCGCCGCCCUGCGGAACCUGAUGGCUAACCGGCCAGCUCGUUACAAAGACACCAGUGUGGUUUCACCAGGCGCCGGUACCCCGUCGCUGCACGCCCGCAAACAGAAAGCUUUGUUCGAGGAGCUGGAUGCACAGCAGCUGUCGGAAACGUUUGACAACAUCGACAACCUGAGCCCCAAAGCGGCACAGAGGAAGGGGCGGGGUUGUAAUGGUGCUGGUGCAGGAGCAGGUGGUGUGACACGCUCUUAUACCAACACACCAGUGCUCUCCAGCCCAAAGAGCGGAGAGGGAUCAAAGAGGACGGGCGAGGACGCGCCCUACGCUCGGUCGGUGUUUCCACCCAGUGUUCGGGCUUCCAGCGACAGUCUCAACAGCGUGACCAGCACCGAUGGGUACGGCAACCGCGGCAAGACCAAGCCCUCGUCCGACCUCUUCUACUCCUCUGACGAGAGUGGCAACAAGUGCUGCGUCUACAGGAAGUACCCCGCUGACUUGGCUCACAAGAUCCGCAGUGCCAACCACAUGGCGGACGAUGACGGUGCAGAGCUGGACACGCCCAUCAACUACAGCCUCAAGUACUCUGACGAGCAGCUGAACUCUGGGCGGCAGAGCCCGAGUCAUCGGGGUGGCAUCGACAGCGAUGACGAGCGAGAGCAGGACGUCAGGCUGCGCAGAAACGUUGGCGAGUCUGGACCUAGCAGCAGCCGCAUGGGGUCGGCGCCUCCUCCACGCUACGCCGUGGUCCCCGCCCCGUCCAGCUACAGCGCCGACCCCACGCCCGAGCAGCCCAUCGACUACAGCCUGAAGUACGGUGCUGACACCGGCCACAAGCCACUGUUUAAACAGGAAGACAGGGCCGUUCCCUUGCUGGGUCCUCCCUCAUCGUCCAAACUCCGCCCCCUAGCGUCUUCGCGGGCUGUCACCAAAAGCAACCAAGAGUCAACCCAGACAUACUGCGUUGAGGACACACCCAUUUGCUUUUCCAGAGGAAGCUCCUUGUCGUCUCUGUCUUCGGAGGAGGAAGAAGAUGCUGAUAUCCUUGAGAGGAAGAGGAAAGAUGGUGUCGGCACCAGCAGCGAUUACCCAACACUUCCUGUCAGCGAGAAAGACUCUCACGAGCAGCAGCAGCGGCGCCGGCGGCAGCAGAAGGAGGCGGAGAGUCAGACAGCUGCUGCUCCAUCCACACGAGGGCGACGAGGUCACCACCACCACCACGGCCACUCCCACCACCACCAUCACCAGCAUGCAACAUCAUCAUCAGGUGCACGGACUCCAAAGAGUCCACCCGAGCAGCCUUAUGCCCAGGAGACCCCGCUGAUGUUCAGCCGCUGCACGUCGGUCAGCUCGCUCGACAGCUUCUCCACGUCCUCCAUCGCCAGCUCCGUGCGCUCCAGCGAGCCCUGCAGCGGCGUGCCCAGUGGAGUGGUCAGCCCGAGUGACCUCCCCGACAGCCCGGGUCAAACGAUGCCUCCCAGCCGAGCCAAGACGCCGCCGCUGCCGCCGCCUGCCCAGACAACGGAGGAGAAGCAGAAGGCCAAGGCGGAGGAGGAAAAUGGAGUUGAUGUCUUUUUGCACUUUGCCACAGAGAGCACGCCACAUGGCUUCUCCCGAGCCUCUAGUCUGAGCGCACUGAGUUUGGACGAGCCGUACAUCGCCACAGAAAUGAAGAUCACGAAAGAGGAGAAGGUGGGAGGGAACCAGGAGAUGACGGAGGAAGCUGCCAAACCCAUUUUGGAUGAAUCGGAUGAUGACGAUAACGAGAUCUUAGUUGCAUGCAUCACCAUGGCCAUGCCCAAGCCAUCGCAGAAACCAAAGAAACCUCAGCAGCCAGUGCCACGAAAAACGAGUCAACUUCCUGUCUACAAGCUCCUCCCACCGCAGAGCAGAGCCCAGUCGCAGCAGAAGAAGGAUCCUCCUCCCCUCCCUGAGGACGUGCCCAGAGUUUACUGUGUGGAGGGAACGCCCCUCAACUUCUCCACUGCCACCUCGCUUAGUGACCUCACCAUCGAUUCUCCACCCAAUGAAGACGUUGCAGCAACCCCGCCCCCACUGUCCCUCCCUGCCUCUGCUCCAAGGAGGAGGGCAGACUAUCCCGAAGGCGAGAACGGCGAUGACAUACUGGCUGAAUGCAUAAAUGCUGCCAUGCCCAAAGCUAAAUCCAGGAGGCCAAUCAGAGUGAUGGCAAACAGCGAAGACCUGCAAGCUCCACCCCUUCCUCCUGCCACCUCCCCCCCAAGCCCGCCUCCUCUCUGCCAGCAGCUGCAGAAGAAGAAGCCCACGUCCCCUGUGAAGCCGAUGCCUCAGCGGCCGUCUUACGGAGCUACUCCAACGACGGCUUCCAAGUCAAAACCGGGAUUUGCCUUCGAUUCCCCACGCCACUACACGCCUAUCGAGGGAACGCCUUGCUGCUUCUCACGGAAUGACUCCCUGAGCUCCCUGGACUUUGAUGAUGAAGACUGUGGAGGAAAGGACGAGGAGGACAGAAACAAACAAAAGAAAGAGGAUGAAGGCAGGAAGAGGAAGCAGCAGACUGCUGCCGUCUUCCCUCGGAGCAAAGCUACAGCCAGUCUGACGGCGUCAGACGAGAAGCAGAAGUUCUCCUGUGAAGACACGCCCGUCUGCUUCUCCAGAAACCCGUCGCUGAGCUCGCUGAGCGACAUCGACCAGGAGAACAACAACAAGGAGUUUGCUCCACCUUCACCACCACAGGAGGAGCCAGAUAACGGGCAAGGAGGAGCCAAAUCUAGCCCUCCUGCUGAGGUGGAGUUGAAGCCCCGCCCCCCUGCAGCCAGUGGCUACGCCCCUAAAGCGUUCCACGUGGAGGACACACCUGUCUGUUUCUCAAGGAACUCGUCACUCAGCUCACUCAGUAUAGAUUCUGAGGAUGACCUCCUGCAAGAGUGUAUUAGCUCUGCCAUGCCCAAGAAGAAGAAGAAAGCUGCCUCGCUGCUGUCCCCUGCUGCCAUCGUUACGCCACUUCCUGUUGCCAAAGCUGAGGAGGGCAUCCUGGCUGAGGAAGAACCUUCAGAGACCCCAAGAAGCCCCGCCUCUCCUGACUCUGAGUCGUUUGAUUGGAAGGCGAUUCAGGAAGGAGCCAAUUCUAUAGUCAGCAGUCUGAAUGCUGCUGCAGCUGCUUCAUCGCUGUCCCGCCAGCCGUCAUCAGACUCCGACUCAGUCCUGUCCCUGAAGUCGGUUGGCUCGCCCUUCCACGAGUUGACAGCCAAUAAGAAUAAAGAGGAGGAGGAGGAGGAGGAGGUGCUGCAGGUGAAGCGUGCAGCUAGGAUUUUGAAGGCAGGUGAGCGUAGCACACUGGAGGCCAAAAGGAAAGAGGAAGAGGAGGCAAGGGCCCUGAGAGGCGGGAAGAAGGUGUACCGAAGUCUGAUAACCGGUAAACCCCGGGUGGAACCAGCAGCCAGAGGGCGGAGCAAGCCAAGAGCUUCAGCGAUGACCAAAGCUCCAGGAAGCAGUGAUGGAGCCGACAGAGCAGGUGGGUCUUCUCGAGACUCUACACCCUCACGCUCCGCUGCCCCGGCCAAUCAGAAAACAGGGAAAGUGUCUCAGCUGCCACGCACGGCAUCUCCAGGAAGUGCAGCAUCAUCAUCAACUUCUUCCAGAGCUGCCACCAGCACCGUCUCAAAGAGCUCCAACAGCAUCCCGCGGAGUGAGUCGGCAUCGAGACUCAGCAGCUCCACAUCCACCAAGAAAAAGAAGGUGGAGCCCGAAAAGCCGGCACUUGUUCGCCAGUCGACCUUCAUCAAAGAAGCUCCAAGUCCAACCCUGAAGAGGAAGCUUGAAGAGUCCUUGUCCUCAGCAGCGCCAGAGUCUCCAACCAGCCCAGAUGGUCUGUUGCCUUCCACAAGCAGGCGGCAUGACGUUAACCGCUCUCACUCCGAGAGUCCGUCCCGCCCACAGGAUGUGACAUCAUCUCAUCUGAGCCGCACUGGAACCUGGAAACGGGAGAACUCCAGCAGCUCUGCCGGAGGCAGCGGUGGAAAACACUCCACGUCCUUGCCCCGCGUUGGCACGUGGAAAAGGACAGGAAGCUCAUCAUCAGUGCUGUCCGCAUCAUCCGAGUCCAGUGAGAAGGGACGUAGCGAAGAGGAGAACACUAUGAGGUCAAAGGGCACAUGGCGGAAGGCCAAAAGCAGCAGCGACUCCACAGCUGCCAAAUCAGACGAUGUGUGGGUUCGUCUGGAAGACUGUCCUGUCAAUAACCCACGCUCGCCUUCCUCCUGCUCAGCACGCUCGCCCACCGCUAUCAACUCCCCGCCAGUUAUCGACAGCCCCGCCCCCUCCAAGAUUUCCUCCUGUUCCUCCAAUCUGAACCUGCGGCGGAGCUGCGAGAACCUAGACGACAAGCCGCCACCGCCGCCUGAUUGCCAUCAGCCUCGUACUCAGCAGCGCAGCGGGGCUGUAGCGGCUCGUGUCAGCCCCUUCAACUACACACCUAGCCCCCGGAAGAGCAGCGCUGAUACCAGCGUGGCUCCCCCACCGCCCUCCAGCAGCUCAGCCCCGCCCACAAGACCUUCACUCAUCCCCACCCCUGUUACCAAGAAGCGUGAGCCCAAGGGCGGAGACGGAGGAGGUGAGCGUGGCUCCUACAUCGUCACAUCCGUGUGAAGCAGCAUAGAAGGCAACAAAAGGACCUAAGUCACCUACGUAGUCCCGCCCUUCCUCUGUUCUGCUGCUUGAUUGGCUCCUCCCAUCAUUAAAAACAAACUUUUAUGUUUUUAUAUCACUAAAUUGUCUGUAAAGCUUAGCUCCACCCCUGCAUGUUCCCACUCCUUCAUAACGAAGUUAACCUGGCAACAUGAUGAUGAUAGAAAACUUUUAUAAUUAAAAUGUAGCUCUGAUCAGACAUGACGUGUUCAGGAAUCUGGUUCAGAGCCACCACUGUAAAGCGUAAGUUAUUGUCGUACACCUGCAGACGUUUUAAGAAAGGACGUUAUGAUGACUUCCUGUUGCAGGAGAACAACUGAGAAACGUUCAACUGAAGAGAUGAAUAAAGUCCAGCACCAAA